AUGCUGUGGAAACGCGUCGCCGCCGUCUUGCUGUUGGCCGCAGGGCGAGAGUCUCUCGCCCAGAGAGCCGGUAACGAAUCAAUAUGCGACUAUUACGCAGCCCAGCGGUACGGUGCGAACAAUGGCACCACGCAGUUGCUCCUCGUCCAGAGCAUCGUCACUCUCGCCUAUGCUGGGAGCGCUGGUCUUCCAAACCCAAUCGACGAUAACACCGGUAUUUUCAACAAAGGAAACUUUGAUGGAAUUCAUGUAUACCUUCGGCCUUGGUUCGACGGCUCAAAGGCGACGACGAACUUAAACAAUCAGCCUGUGGGCAUUGACUGGCUAGAUGGAGGAGCUACCGGGCCACUCAUGGCUUUCUUGAAUGGCUCUGCGAAUUCCGUCAAUAUAGACAAGUCGACGAAUCAGUACCGCCUCUUCACUCACUGGUUUACGGCCUUUGGUUUUGUCUACGGUUGCAGUCUUGCGCCAAAGUUUCCGCGGACGGCCGACAGCGGCGGCCCUCUUUCCAUGUCCUAUGUCCACAAGUUUAUGAACCUCAACCAGACGCACAUCGGAUACUUUAUUGAACAGCUCACGCUGGCGAGCAAGUACUUUGGCUUCUCAGAAGAGGAUGCACAGACACUCGACACGUUUAUGAAUGCGCGAUACGCCGUGCGGUGCGCGCCCCCUAUCAACGGCCAGCUCUACUCAAUCUGCUUCGCAGAGGAAUGCCCCCUUGCGCAGCCCAAGCCCGAUUGCGAUGCAUACAAGGACCUUGGGCCAAGUGGAACGAGCAACGUUUCGGUGGUGACUACUACGGUAAAUAACCAAGCAUCGGCAACGAGCUCGACGGCAACGACUUCAGAGCCCCCGAGCUCUACGACUACGGCAGCUGGGGAUGCAAACCCCAGCCCGGAUUCCAAGUCCAGCUCGGCAACCCUAUCCGGCGGAGCGAUAGCAGGAAUCGCCAUCGGCGGCGCGGCAGUUUUGCUUCUUGCCGUCGGAUUGUUACUGUACUUUCGCCGUCAGUCGGCAAAGCCGCAAAUCGUGCCAGUCCCUGUACACUCAGGUGGAUAUGGCUCUCCUGCUCACCCCCCUAAUGCGUAUUACGCCUCUAACGCGCACAUGAGCAUGGCUUCGUCGUCAAUCCCACAAGAGGCGUAUAUGGGAGGACAUAGCGAUAUGUCUGGGUUCUGGGUACCGCCAAAACUACCGCAGGAGAUGGGGCAAACUGGCCAUGAUGAGCCUGUGGUACCAAGGCCAGCGACAAUGUCGCCACAGCUAGCUGAGAUGGAGAGCCCGUGA